AUAAACAAACAAGCCAACUUGUCGGGCGCGCAUUUUGAAUCUGUCGAGGAAGGGAUCUCCUUGGACCAGGAGCACUUAUCAAUAAUCACAAAAGAAUACUGGGCGAAAAUCAGGCUCGGUACAGGCAAUGGAUGGGCCACCAGCGAUGUUGCUCAAUGGUUCGCCAAACAGCUUUCCCACGAUAGGCACCCCAGAGCCGAGCACACCAACGCGAUCACCUACAACACCUCCCAUGCGUGGAAUCAAGCGACCGAAUACUCCUCCUGCUCCCGCGCACGGCGCGCUUCUUGAGGAGUAUCUACCAUAUCAUUCUAUGAGCCCAUCUCGCAAGGCGGGGAGCUCAUUCGCCUCCGCUGCCACAGACGAUACAAAUCCUUCGUCUUCUACUGUGAAGUCAACUCCACGUCGUGCUGCUGGCAAACGAGCGCGUUACGAGCAUCUCGCAUCGCCACCCUGCUCGCCUUUGCGCAAGGCGGACCGCAUUACACCGCCCGCUCCCAACACCCCGCGUCGGGCCGUGAACGACACUAACGGCACUGCCGACAAUAUUCACUUGCGCUCCGACGCCGAUCAUCCUCAUCGUUCUUUGCUCUCUGGAGCAACAUAUGACGUCUUGGAUAUGCUGCCGACGCCCUCGAAGACACCGCUUAAGAAGCGCGCAAAGCACUCGGGCUGGGGAUUUCAACCCGAGAAUCCCAAUGAUGCCAUGCCAAAACCGCGCAAAAUCAAAACUGAAAUACUCCGUCACCAGUCAGACGAACACGACUUCGGGUUGUACGAUGCAAAUGCAGAUUCGAGCAUCGCCAACAAUGGGGAAAUCGAUAUUUUUACCGACACAAAUGCUCGCGUACCCGAAGUGGAUGUGUCUGGCGAAAACCCGUUCAUGAGCGCAAGACACAGUGCAACUGCUGCGACAACGCGCCGCUUAACACGCAGCCAGAAAACCGAGGAGCAGCUGGUUGAGGAAGCCAGCAUGGAGGAAGCAGUUGCCAGGGGCGAAGGAAUGGUUUUUACAUUUCGGGGAAAGAAGGUCUUCCGUCCUUACGACGAUGCCUCUCAUCAGUCCGUCGAGCAGAGUCUCGAGCAGCGAAACUUGCGACGCGCAGCUGGUGUCACCUCUGAACGCCCAUUCACACGAAGUCAAAUUCAACCCCGUCGGCUUUUUACUUCAGCGACAGAUGAUGUCGAUACGGAGGCAGAUACAGACAUCGAAAGCGAGCAGAUCGGCGCGUCAUCUUCACACGCUCAGUCGCAAUCGUCACACACCGGGCACGAAAUUCCUAAAACUCCCAUGAAGUCUCGUGCAGGCCUCGACACUCCGCCAGCUACAGUUACUCGUUCUAGCAGACGACUCAACCAACAACUCGCGGCGAUCUCUGAGAAUCACGAUGCGGCAUCUGAACGCGUCGUCGAAGAGUCAGAGACCUCGCCUGUGCGGACCAAGCCUAGGCGCCCCAAUCCCUUCGACUCGUGGCAGCGGACUAAGAGUCGCACUUCUACAGGUGCAGCUAAGCGCGGCGCCGAUUUGUCGGAGGCAGGGUCGUCGGGUUCCUUUGAGAAGCGCACGAGGGCCAGCGAGCGUCGCAUCGACGCUACCACGCCCUGAGCCGCAUGUGCAAGUUUGAUUGGAAUGAAAUCUCAUUUUUGAAGGCCAGUGGCCAAAUUUAUGAGGAUUGUAUGAUACCCUACGGCGUUGGACGAGCAUGUCGCCUGCAUUGCAGGCUUUCCUUUCCCGAUGGGCUUGCUUUGAAAA